GCCAGCGGUUGUGUGUUGUGCGACCAAACGCUCUCAUUCCGUUACGUACUUGCCUUCCGUACCAAUACAAUUCAUUUAAGUUUUCCCCUAGAGAAAACCAAGUGAAAUAACAUAUUUACGCUUAAUAAUAGGCUUUCCCAGUGAAUUUCAUCUUAAAGUGCUAUUUUAAACGGACUUUCGAAACUUCGCGUCUUUUUUUUCGGACCUUCAGCAGCACAAGCGGCAGUAGCAAGGAAGCCAUUGGUAAUGCGGCGUCCCGGCAAGAGGCGGAGGAUGGUGCGGCUGUGAGUCGCGAGGCUUCCAAGCCAACCGCCGGCAUGGACCGCUGGCAAACCACGUUAGAGGAGAUGAUCCAUCUGCGCCCAUCUAAUAACCACGCCUUCAAAGAUAAUUAUUGGGCACAGAACGGCUUCGACGAGUUACGCCGGUACGUGAAACAGGGCAGCGACUUCAGCAAGGAGUUAGCUUCCAUAUUACAAGAGAGGGUAGAGGCAGAGAACUACUACUCGAAAUGUUUAUCAAAGUUGGGCACGAAGUUAAGCAAAGCAUGCAAGGAAAGCGUCGGUUCAUGCGCAGACGCGUGGAAGCACGUCGCCAUCGAGAUGGAGAAACGAUCAGAAAUUCAUAGAAAUUAUUCCAGUGCUCUAUCAGAAGAACUAGUAAAACCAAUGAAACAUGUCAUCGACAGCCAGCUCAAAUUACGGAAGAAGAUCGAGGGUAAUGUAGACAAGAUGACGCGUACGCUUACGGACUGCAGGUCAGCCGAGGCCAAGUCGAAGAGGCAAUCUCAUGCAGCUGCUAGAGAAAAUGAAAAACUACAGGACGCUUCGUUGGACAUUAGCCGAAUGUCCCGGAGCUCAAGUGUGGGUCACAUACCCCACUCGAUACUGAGCGCUGCAAGAGCAGAGCGUGGUAACCCUACGAGUGAGCGAGACGUCGCUAAACUGCAGGUGAAAAAGAGGAAGACAGAAGACGCUGUCAAGAAGACCGAGGUGGAGUACUACAAUGUCUGCGUGCAAGCUGAACGGGCUAGGUUGGAAUGGGAAACGAGCGUGGUGAAGGGCGCGGGCAUGCUGGAGUCCCUUGAAGAAGAGAGGCUUACCCAGCUGAAGAGUUCUGCGGACUGUUACCUGAGGCUUACUGCCGCUGUACCACCGCAAUUAGCAGAGGCUACGAACGCGCUCGCUGCCCCUAUAGCCAACGCGAACGCCAACGUUGACAUGCGCGUGGUCCGCGGCGUUCGCUCAGCGCCCGCUGGUGCCAGCGAGCAAUUGCUACCUGACUUCUACUGCGAGCACACAACGCUCGCCAUGAACCGGGAGCGACGGAAACAAGCCCUGCUAAAGAUUCUCCAGCUCGUUAAACAAGACAUCGAAAGGGAGCGCAAAUCCAAGCAUGGCCUUGAAAAACUUUCAAUGGCUAUGAAACAGACUCCAACGUUCGGCAGUGAUGAUUCACAACAAAAUGUAGCUGAUAAGUUAUACCAUAUGAGAUCAAUGCUUACAUACCUAGAGGCAGUGCGGCACAAGAUAACGUCAAGUCUGGCGGAGCUUGACAGCCGUCCACCGGCGCAGCACCCACUCUCGACGCACAUCCACGUCGUGAGAGACAAGCAAGGCCUCCAGCAGAGCAUUCUUAAGGUCCCACCGUGGCUACAGACUGACUAUCAGAAUGAAGUUAACAAAAACCUCCAACCGAGCUACACCGCGCUUACUAGGAGUGUUACUGGCGGGGAGGAACGGGAGCGCCGGGAUUCCAUCAUGAGCAGAGCUUCCAGCAAGUUGCGCAUAGAACACUUAUCUUUCCGAAGGCAUGCUGAUCACAGGAGUGCACCAACUACGCCAGUUUGUGUGGAACUGCCCCCAGUUGCCAGUAAACCUCCGACGCCUGACGCGCCGCUACCACCCGAUAGCCCGUUAGAUUGGAGUGAGCGCGGCGCGGGCGAUGGACUGUCCAAUCAACAGGAUAGCGAUUUUGACGAGUUCUCAUCACAAAGCGACAGCUCGUCAGACUUGCAAGAUGUGGACAAGAAUGAAAAUGGAGACGAAUCGGUUCAGAAGUAUAUUGGAAAGUGCCGGGCGCUGUAUACGUAUGAAGCUAGACUAGAUGACGAGCUCACUUUGUCUCCAGGUGAUGUUAUAAAUAUAUUUGAAAAGCAAGACGACGUCUGGUGGAGCGGCGACCUCAACGGCUCCUUUGGAAUCUUCCCGUCGUCGUACGUUGAAGAAAUCACCUCUUGCAUAUAGCACAAGAUCACUGAACUUAUGUAUAUUAACAAUUUUGCAGAAGUUUCCGUUAAAGUUUUGCAAUGGGGGUUUUGAUUCUCUAUGACAUUGCAAUCGUCACAAAAAUAAAAAUGACUGUCAAAAUAUGAAAAAGCGCAGUGUUCUGAGGUCGAAGCAUCAAAAUGUACGCCACAAAAUGCCUUUGCGCAAACAUGCGCGUGCGCAAGUAAUAUUUUUUUGAAACGGGGAGGGGGGGAGCGCAUUUGCGGACUAAAUCCGAACGCACAUUUGCGCUCUAAAACUUAAACGCAACGAACUCUUUAAACCAGAAGGGACUGUGAAAUGUAUGGACAUUUGGGGAUUAGCGUGGCAGAGAUAGUCUCUGGCGCUAACUCGAGGGAUGUAAGUAUCCUGCCUCAACUGAGUCAUAUCUUAUUUAUCUUAAAGAGUCACGUCUCCCUGACGCAUUGCGACUUUUGAGGUAUUGGCGCAAACGGCUCUAACUCAGCCGAUCCUACUGUUGUUGAGGCAAGUACGAUUUUUAGCGAUUUUUCCUCAUACGACGAUGUAUGCCUCGCUCGACCGCUGCCGUACCUGUAUUUUUAGUUGGCUGUCAGUUGGCGAGAUACUGAACGAUGAAUGUAUUAGUAAUUAAUAAAUUUUUGUAAAAUAGCAAGUUAUUAAUCAUGGGUUAAUGGCACACAUUAAAAAACAUAAUUAAUUAAUAGCGAGGAGUAAUAAAUCAGCCAAAUUUAGUAUAGGAAAGUCAUAGCAAAUGGCUUCGUAAGAUAAAAAAAUAUCAAAUCAUCAUUUUUAUUAUUUUGAUAAAAUUCGAAUAUUGUUCUGAGUAUAUUGUUAUUUAAAUUAUAAUUCAUAGUUAUUUUUAUAAUGAUUACGCAAAGUAAGUAUAAUAACUUUUUAUGUUUCCCUUAUUUAACGCAAGCAAAAAUAUGCUGUAUGUCAGUCUUUGUAAGAAUUAGUACAAAAUGACUUAUUUCUUUUAUAAAUAAUGAACGUUUCAAGUUUGAAAAAACAUAAAAGUCAUUUUUCGGAAAAAUAAAUCUUGUAGGUUAAAAACGAAAGGUCAAAAAAGCGAGCCGUUAACCUUUCGUACCCAAGCUAAAUAAAAUAUAGGUAGGAUGUGCAUGUUAUAACAACGAUUUAUGCAAUAAAAAAUUGUAUUUAAUUUAAGGUAAAAAUAUAUAGGUAUGUGUUUUUUAAUGACCAUAAUGUUACGUUUCUUGUAUAGAGCCGAAAUAGCGUUAAUUAUUGUGUAAUCUAACACUUUAAUAACUGCCCAAAAUGCAAACAUUAGGUUUUGCACACUCAUCUCCUUUAUAUAAUAGUACUUUUCUGUCCACGGUAUUCUCUUUAACCUUUCUUGUUGAAUAGUUUCAUUUCUAGAUUCUAAAUAAUUGGGUAUGAUUUUCAGACUGCAAUAUUUUUUCGUUAUAUAACGUACGAUUUAAAGUAGGUUCAGUUUGACAUGUUACUAAAAGAAAAAUCACGUGUUUUUUUUUAUUUUCACUAAUAUCUCAAUAUUUGAAUUUGGGCAGUGACUUAAAUGUAUCCGGUAUAUAAAGACUACAUAGACGGUGCCGUUUUGGUUGCAAAUUAAUCGUUAGGAGAUAUUGCAUUUACAUUUUAAAAAUAAAUGCCUUAUGUUUCAAUAAAGAACAAAAAAAUUACCGGUUUUAUAGUAUUGCAGAUAGUUGUAGUCAGUGUACUUUGGAAUUUGUUUACAACUGAUUUAGCACCGAUCUAUGUAUCCAUCGAAAUAUUUUUGUGACCAAAAUUGUAAAUACUCAUUUCACACCAUAGGAAAAUAACAUUUGGCCUGUUAUUUGUGUUUGUGUUUAUAGAGCCUAGGGCAGGGAUGGCGAACCAGGUGGCGGUAAACUUGGCAACGGCGCUGCUGGGGAACUAACGGUAGCACCGACCGGGUUCGCCACCCCUGCUUUACCAUUGGUGACUGUAUCCAUGAGAAGGCGCUAUUGUACUGGGUACAUGCUACGUGUGUGUAAGCCGACUUUUUAUGUAAUAUUAUGAGAAUUAAGCUUAAAUUGCUUUACUCCGCGAAAAGCAGGACAAUCUGUAUGGUGUAAUUUAUAAUUUCUUUAAUCUUUACACUUCACACCGUACCACACUCACACAUGAAUCAUUGUAAAGUCAAUAACUCCUGAGGAUGCUACGGUGUCGGAGCGUAGUGUGCGUAGAGA